CCAGCCGUGGGCGGGGCUUCGUGUUGCUCAACAUGGCUGCGCCCUGCUCGGAUCAACAGGUCUGAAGGUGUUCAGGAUGUCCAGUCAGCAGGUGAGUAUCGCUGAGCUCCUGCUCUUAUUGGACAGUUCAGAGCUGCAGGAGGCGGAGCAAGUCAGAGCAGCAGUCAACCAGCAGCUGAGUACAGACAGAGGAGGUGCUGUCCUCUCCUCUCUGGUGGAAUAUUACCUGGACUCGUCCUCCUCUCAGGUGGUGCUCCUCCUCUCCUCCAUCAGAGAGCCUCAUCACAAGCCUCUGCUGGAGAAGCUGAAUGAGACUCUGAACAGACCUGGGUCCAGACUGGCUGCUCUGACCCUGCUGGGUCACCUGAUCAGGAAACAGCCGCCAUGGGUUCAUCACAUCAGCCGCUCGCCGCUGCUGCCAUCGCUGCUGCGCUGCCUCAAGACAGAGACAGACGUGGUGGUCCUGAUCACUGGAGUCCUGGUCCUCAUCACCCUGUUACCUAUGAUCCCUCAGGCCGGGAAACAACACAUCUACGACUUCUUCGAUGUGUUUGGACGCCUCGCAUCCUGGAGCUACAAGAACCCUGGUCAUGUACCUGUGGUCCACCUGGUCCACCUCCAUGCAGGCGUGUACUCUCUGUUCCACCGUCUGUAUGGGAUGUUCCCCUGUAACUUCAUCUCCUACCUGAGGCUGCACUACAGCAUGAAGGAGAACCUGGACACCUUUCAGGAGGUCGUCAAGCCGAUGUUGGAGCAUGUCAGGGUUCACCCAGAGUUGGUCACAGGGACUCAGGACUAUGAGCUGGACCCGUCCAGGUGGAGGUGUUAUGAAGUCCAUGACAUUGUGAUCGAGUGCUCCCGAGUGUCUCUGGAUCCUCUCGAGUCGUCCUGUGAGGAGGACGUGUACUCCUCCCUCAGAGACCCUCCCCCCUCCCCGUCGCCCUCCCCCCUCCCGCACCUGAACGUCACCUCCAGUCCUCACCACGCUGACAUCAUCAGCUCAGGAAGUUCAGUCUGUCCUUCGCUGCUGUCUGGACGUCCAACUCAGCUGACUCUCAACAACACCUACACACAGGCUGAUGAUGUCACAUGGAGUCCCUCCUCACAGUGUGGUUUGUCGACGCCCCCUCCUGAACCUGCUGCUACAGGCUCCGCCCACCCACUGAGCAGGACCACCUCCAUCUCAAGUGAGAGAGGUGUGAAAUGUCCCCCAUCAACCACCGUCCCAGUGACGCCGCUGGCUGAAGACCAAGAUGGCGGUCUGACUCCUGACAACAACAACCAGGUGAAGCUGCUGACGGAGCUGAUGGGGUCGUCCACUCAGCCAAUCACAGAGAAGAGUGAUGUCAUCAGUAACAUCACUGAAGACGUCAGACCCCAGCAGCCUCCCUCCUCCUCCUCCUCCUCCUCCUUCUCCUCCCCCCAUCCUGUCCUCCUCACCUCCACCCCCGGCCGUGACGACCCCUCCUCAGGUUCAGCCCUCCCCCCUCCUCCUUCCUGCUCCAUCUCCCUCUCCUUCACCCCCCCUCACCCCUCCACCACCGCCCACACAUCAGAGGAGGGAGGCCCCGCCCCCUCCGCUCUGAGCCCCGCCCCUCCGUAUGAGCCCCUGUUUGAGCUCGCUCUGCCCCGCGCCGCCACGCUGUUCAUCGGGAGGAAGACUCAGGAGGCGCUGGAGAGAGCAGCAGAGGAGCAGGAGAUGGGAGGAGGAGGAGGAGGAGGAGAGCAGGGGGAGGACAGGGAGGAGGAGCAGACCUGCGUCUCUCCUCUGGAAGUUUUGGAUCAGCUGAUUGUCCACGGACACGACGCACACCAACACCUCAGCAGGAGGUUGUCGGCGGUGAAUAAGUCGAUGGAUCGGAGUCAUUUUGGAGGUAAACAGCAGAGCAUGAAAACCAAAGGCCCCGCCCAGGGGGAGGAGCUUCAGUCUCUGAGGAGUCAGCUCUUAUUGGUCCACAGUCAGCUGCAGUACGAACGCUUCAAACGCCAACAGCACGCCGUCAGAAACCGCCGCCUGCUGCGGAGGGUCAUCAACGCCACCUCGCUGGAGGAGCACAGCGUCGCCAUGAAGGGUCAGCUGAGCGCUCAGGACGAAGAGAUUCGCUGUCUGAAGUCGAGUCUGCAGGAAGAACAGAGACGAUAUACACAACUGCAGCAGGACACACAGACACACACUGAGCAGCUGAACACACACAUCAGGCAGCUGCUGCUGCAACAACAGGACGAACUGAGGGACAGGCAGAGACUGCAGAGUGAGCUUCAGGAGUGUCACAGCAGGCUGAGGGAUCUGGAGGCGGAGCUUCAGAGAGCCAAUAACAAGGCUUACAAUGCAGAACACCAGCUGACGGAGCUGUCCAUCAAGCUGUGCAGCAGUGAGCAGCUGCAGCAGCAGAUCUUCUUGUUGAACCAGCAGCUCGUCCUGAUGAGAGAAACUAACAGAGCUCUGAGCGACCAGCUGGAGGGAGGAGAGACACACACACACACUGAGGCGUCCAUGCUGCAGUGCAGUGUGGGUAAGGAGUACCUGCGUCUGAAGGACAGUGACGUCCAGCACAGACAGAAGCUGGAAGCAGCCAAUCACAGGAUAGCAGAGCUGGAGGGUCAGCUGACCAAGAAGGACCAGCUGAUCCUGGACCUGAAGAAACUCCUGGAGGACACCAAGGUCCAGAGCAGAGGCGAGCUGUCGGCCUGUGAGAGUCGCUACGUCGCUCUGAGGAGAGUCACCCAGACGCUUCAGACCGAGACGCUGCACCUGUACAGCCAGCUCCACCUGGACACUCACACGCACAGCCGGCCUCAGGAUGUCAGGCCAAACGGAGGCAGCGUUGCCUUACCAGCUCCUGAGGGCAGCCACAAGCCCCGCCCCUCCUCCUCUUCUUCUGUUGGUAUAUUAAAUGGAGCCGUGGAGACCCUCUCCACUUCCCCCCUGCACCUCCCCUCCUGCUCCUCCUCCCCCCUGUCCCUCUCCCCUAUCGACUCCCCCCUCGCCGUCGGCUCCUUCCUGGAGCAGCAUGCACGGCAGCUGUUCAGACCAGCCAAUCAGAGCCAGGAGGAGGAGGAGCAACAGGAGGGGGAGGAAGAGGAAAAGGAAGAGGAGGUGGAGGAGGAGGACGAGGAGGAGGUCCAGCCAGACAGCCCUCCUCUGGGUCAGGAGGCGGAGGAGGCCAACUUCCUCGCAGGAAGUCCUCAGACGGUGCCUCCAAACCGCGCUGCAGCUCCCAGCCUGCCUCCCUCUGGACCUCCUGCGCCUCCUGCUGACCUGACGCUCGCCGUCCGACAGAGGAGACACGAACUCAGCAUCAUGGACUACGACGAGACGCUGCCAGAGUACUGAUGGAGGGUUGACCAGGGGGCUGAUGGAGGGUUGACAGGGGGCUGAUGGAGGGUUGACAGGGGGCUGAUAGAGGGUUGACAGGGGGCUGAUAGAGGGUUGACAGGAGGCUGAUGGAGGGUUGACAGGGGGCUGAUGGAGGGUUGACAGGGGGCUGAUGGAGGGUUGACAGGGGGCUGAUGGAGGGUUGACAGGAGGAUGAUGGAGGGUUGACAGGGGGCUGAUGGAGGGUUGACAGGGGGCUGAUGGAGGGUUGACAGGAGGCUGAUGGAGGGUUGACA